UACAUCCUUUCGGGCUCUGAUGACUUCAAUUUAUAUAUGUGGAGGAUUCCUCCAGAUCCAGAAGCAGGUGGCAUUGGCAGGGUCGUCAAUGGUGCUUUUAUGGUAUUGAAAGGUCAUCGGUCAAUUGUAAACCAAGUCCGGUUUAAUCCUCACACUUACAUGAUCUGUUCUUCUGGUGUUGAAAAGAUUAUAAAGAUCUGGAGUCCUUACAAACAGCCUGACUGCACAGGGGAUCUGGAUGGUAGAAUUGAGGAUGAUUCCCGUUGCCUCUACACUCACGAAGAGUACAUCAGUCUUGUGUUGAACAGUGGUAGUGGUUUGUCCCAUGAUUAUGCCAACCAGUCAGUCCAGGAAGAUCCACGGAUGAUGGCCUUUUUUGACUCCCUGGUGCGCCGGGAGAUUGAGGGCUGGAGUUCUGACUCAGACAGCGACCUCAGUGAGAGCACGAUCCUGCAGCUCCAUGCAGGAGUAAGUGAACGCUCUGCUUACAGUGAGUCAGAGUCCUCCGCCUCUUUGCAUCACUCCCCACCACAUGUGGCUGAAGAGUCUGAUGAAACUGCCUAUAACUUAAGGGCCUUAAGAUCAACUGAAUCCCCCUCAGCCAGAGAAGACGUGGCUUCCCGUCAGCAGAGACUCUCUGCGCUGAGAAAGUAUCAGGAUAAACGUCUCCUGGCCCUGUCGAAUGAGUCUGAUUCUGAUGACAAUACCUGUGAGGCAGAACUAGAUACAGACCUUUUCCCACGGCCACGGUCCCCAAGUCCUGAGGAGAAUGAAUCCAGCAGUUCCAGCAGCAGCAGCAGUACAGAAGAUGAAGAGGAACUGAAUGAACGACGCACAUCUAUGAGGCAACGCAAUGCACUGAGGCGCCGACAGAAGGUGCAAAAGGAGGAAAGGACUAGUACUAACACGGAGAAUGUGACACCCUACAUAGGUGAGGAUAUCUAUGAUUAUCCCCAGAUCAAAGUAGAUGAUCUAUCUUCUUCUCCAGCUUCUUCACCAGAAAGGAGUUCAGCCAACAAAGAAGUUCUCAAAGAAAGGACCUCUCCUUGUUCAGACAGUGAAUCAGUGGAGAGAAAGAUUUACAAAGCUUACAAAUGGCUUCAUUAUUCUUACAUAUCAUAUUCAGCUAAUAAAGAUGGUGAGUCCUCCAGAGGAGAUGGGGAGAAUGACGAAGGGAAACCAGGAACUAGUGGAAGGCACAGUACAACACACUUGCUAAAUAAGGAAGAUGCUAGGAACUUGAGUUCAGCAGUUCCUCAAGGUUCCCCAGCUCAUUCUACUGAAAGCCACAACAAAGAAACUUUCAAAGAAUGUGGCUUGAUAGAAAAUUCUAGUAAUGGUCAAGCUCACGAAUGUGACAAUCAGCGGCGGACGGAGGGUCAAGAAAACACAUCUGAAGACACUAGCAGUGGAGGUAUAGAGCAUUCUUUUGAGACUAAAAAGCUCAAUGGAAAAGCUAACUGCAAAGGGCUAAAUAGUUGUACUGAAGAACCAUGCAUUCAGACUGCAGGACUUGUGGAACAGAAAAAUAGUCAGAACUGUCAACCAGCAGCAAGCCAUCACUCACUGGUCCCUCCGUUCUCCACUGUCGCCAUCUGUAGCAUGUCAGGUCACUGCUCCAGAAACCAGACUGAUGACAGUGAGGAGAGGAGCCUCGACACCUCCUGUGUUAACCACAACAACGGCCACUUGCAUCUUCGCCCUUCAUGCUUCAACAAUGGACAGAGUUUUGGAGAGCAGGAGACUGUGACACAAGGACUACAGGUGCGCUCAAAUGCAGAUAAUGGCAACCUUGUACAGAUGGGUGUGACCUUGCACAAAGACUGCUGCCUGUCUGAAAUGGACUCCUACAAUGUGAGCACAAGAGAGGAAUCUGCUGACUUGCAUCCUACAGGCAGUGAGAGUACUCAAUCUCUUGGAGGACUGAAAAGACACAGAGCGGAUUUGGAAGAUGCAGAUUCAGAGAGUUCAUCCUUAGAAAAGAAGUUAAAAACAUGA